AUGCAUGUACGUACGGAGUCUGAGGUGGUGAUCAACAACUUUGCGUUUAGGUCAAAGCUACGACGUGCUUUCAAGAAAGUAGAGCAGAGACAUAUUGGGAAGUCUGACGACGAGUCUCAAGAGGACGAAGAGUACGAAGAAGACGACGACAAAGAAAACGUGCCCUCUCCCUCCACCGCUCUCGUUGUCACCAUCAUCGUCCCUAGUUCCUCCGUCUCCAAUGGCGGUGGCAACACUCCAAUUUUGAAGCCCACCGCCACCAUCGUCCUCACCGACUCAUCUGAUCCGAAGUGGCGUUGCCUGGAGCUAAUCGAGGAGAAAAAGCCGCCGCCAUCGCUGGAUGACUCGCAGCGGCUAUUACAGCGGUUGUGGACCGACGAGGACGAGAUCAAGCUCUUGCAAGGGUUCCUCGACUACACAUUGCAGCGAGGAUCCUCGCACCACAACGACACCACUUUGUUCUACGACCAAAUUAAGUCGAAGCUCCAACUCAAUUUCAACAAGAAUCAGCUUGUGGAAAAGAUCCGAAGGCUGAAGAAGAAGUAUCGGAACGUCCUCAACAAGAUUUGCUCCGACAAGGAAUUCUCCUUCAAGAGCACUCACGAUCAAGCCACCUUCGAAAUCUCGCGUAAGAUCUGGAGCAACGUGACUCCAGUCGUCGACAAUUCAUUGGACGACGAUGAAAUCAACCCUAACCGUAGCCCCAACCCUAACCUUAAUUUUAGCCCUGUAAUUCUUAAGAAUGAAACGAUUUUCAAGAAUUCCACGGAGAAGAAAACACCGAAACACUCUCGGAGGUGA